GUCAAUUAUAAAUUUUUUGUGAAUAAAUAUUUCGUACUGUAUAAAUUAGUGACCUUGAUCUUGAACUUAAUAAUGUUAAUAAUGUGCAGCCACAACUUUACAUCUAAGUCAGAUCGGCAGUUAAUGGUGAUUGGUUCUAAUUUUCAUCGCAAAUUACAUAACCGAAAAAAUUAAAUCAUAAUAGUUUCUCUCUCUUACUUCCAUCCAUUUGCUGUUUGACAAUGACCACAAAGAGAAGAAAUCACGGACGUAACAAACAUGGGCGUGGUCAUGUCAAGCCAGUGCGGUGUUCUAACUGUGCUCGCUGCGUACCUAAGGACAAAGCUAUCAAACGUUUUACUGUUCGAAACAUGGUAGAAAGUGCUGCAAUUCGUGAUAUCACCGAUGCAUCAGUUUACCAAGAAUAUGCCCUCCCAAAAUUAUAUAUCAAGCUACAUUACUGUGUAUCUUGCGCGAUUCACUCUCACGUAGUGAGAGUUAGAUCACGUGAAGGUCGUCGUAAUCGUGCUCCUCCGCCGAGAGUUCGAUAUAAUAAGGAUGGGAAGAAGAUUAACCCUAACGUUCAACAAAAGGCUACUACAUAAAAAUGCAAUCGUAUCAGCAAUUAUUUUUUUCCGUAGUAUAUUAUUAUUAUUACUAGACAUGUUAUUCAAAUAAUAAUAAAUAAAUCUUUUUAACAAAUAAGAUAUUGAUUACCGAGCAAAAAUAUUACAAAACAAAAAAAAAUUACACUUUCUGAAUGAAAUCGCCUUCUUAUCUUUUAUCGUGUUAGAUAAUUUAAAUAAUC